AUCAGUGCUGCCUAACAGUGGCCAUCAGUGUUGCCCAUCUUUGCUGCCUAAAAGUGGCCAUCAGUGACUCCUCAUCAGUGCCCAUCAGUGCAGCCUAUCAGUGCCCAUCAGGUAGCGCCAGCAAUGCCACCUGUCAGUGUCCAUCAAUGCCAGCUGUCAGUGCUCAUCAAUGCCACCUGUCAGUGCCUCAUCAAUGCCACAUAUCAGUGCCUACCAGUGCACAUAAAUGCCACAUAUCAGUGCCCAUCUGAGCUGCCUUUCAGUGUUACCUAUCAGUGCCAGUCAGUGCCACCUAUCAAUGCCAGUCAGUGCCACCUAUCAGUUCUGCCUAUCAGUACCAGCCAGUGCCGCCUAUCAGUG